AUGGGGAAGGAGCAGGAGCUGGUGCAGGCGGUGAAGGCGGAGGACGUGGGCACCGCACAGCGGCUGCUGCAGAGGCCGCGGCCGGGCAAAGCCAAACUCCUGGGCUCCACCAAAAAGAUCAAUGUGAACUUCCAGGACCCAGAUGGCUUCUCGGCCCUGCACCACGCGGCCCUGAAUGGCAACACCGAGCUGAUCUCCUUGCUGCUAGAGGCCCAGGCUGCUGUGGACAUCAAGGAUAAUAAAGGCAUGCGGCCACUGCACUAUGCGGCCUGGCAGGGCCGAAAGGAGCCCAUGAAGCUGGUGCUGAAGGCCGGCUCAGCAGUGAAUGUUCCAUCAGACGAGGGCCACAUCCCCCUGCACCUGGCGGCUCAGCAUGGGCACUAUGACGUGUCUGAGAUGCUGCUCCAGCACCAGUCCAAUCCCUGCCUCGUGGACAACUCGGGGAAGACUCCCCUGGACCUGGCCUGUGAGUUCGGCCGUGUUGGGGUGGUCCAGCUGCUCCUAAGUAGCAACAUGUGUGCUGCGCUGCUGGAGCCCCGGCCGGGAGACACCACCGACCCCAAUGGCACUAGUCCCCUGCACCUGGCAGCCAAGAACGGCCACAUCGACAUCAUCAGACUCCUCCUCCAAGCCGGCAUCGACAUUAACCGCCAGACCAAGUCCGGCACAGCCCUGCAUGAGGCUGCGCUUUGUGGGAAGACCGAAGUGGUCAGGCUGCUGCUUGACAGUGGGAUCAAUGCUCAGGUGCGGAACACUUACAGCCAGACAGCGCUGGACAUCGUGCACCAGUUCACCACGUCGCAGGCCAGCAAGGAGAUCAAGCAGCUGCUGCGAGAGGCCUCGGCGGCCCUGCAGGUCCGGGCGACCAAGGAUUACUGCAACAACUACGACUUGACCAGCUUGAAUGUGAAGGCCGGGGACAUCAUCACGGUCCUUGAGCAGCACCCUGAUGGCCGGUGGAAAGGCUGUGUCCACGACAACAGGACAGGCAAUGACCGUGUUGGCUACUUCCCGUCCUCCCUGGGCGAGGCCAUUGUCAAGAGAGCUGGUUCCCGAGCAGGCCCUGAGCCAAGCCCACCCCUGGGAGGCAGCUCAUCAGGGCCCUCUGCGCCUCCAGAGGAGAUCUGGGUGCUGAGGAAGCCUUUUGCAGGUGGGGACCGCAGCAGCAGCUUGAGCAGUGUGCCUGGUGGCCGGGGUAGCGGGGGCCACGUCCUGCAUGCAGGCUCCGAAGGGGUCAAGCUCCUGGCGACAGUGCUCUCCCAGAAGUCUGUCUCUGAGUCCAGCCCUGGGGACAGUCUGGUCAAGCCUCUGGAAAUUUCCACAGGUGCUGCCCAGGCCCAGCCUCCAAUGGUGCACGCUGGGCAGGUCUACGUGGAUCAGCCACCCAAGAAGCUGGAGCCAGCUAGUGAGGGCAAGAGCGCCGAGGCGGUCAGCCAGUGGCUGGCCACAUUCCAGCUGCAACUCUACGUGCCCAACUUCAUCAGUGCUGGCUAUGACCUGCCCACCAUCAGCCGCAUGACCCCUGAGGACCUCACAGCUAUCGGUGUCACCAAACCAGGCCAUCGAAAGAAGAUCACGGCAGAGAUCAGCGGCCUGAGCAUCCCUGACUGGCUGCCCGAACACAAACCUGCUAACCUGGCCGUGUGGCUGUCCAUGAUCGGCCUGGCUCAGUACUACAAGGUGCUGGUGGACAAUGGCUAUGAGAACAUCGACUUCAUCACCGACAUCACCUGGGAAGACCUGCAAGAGAUUGGCAUCACCAAACUGGGACACCAGAAGAAGCUGAUGCUGGCGGUGAGGAAGCUAGCGGAGCUGCAGAAGGCAGAGUAUGCCAAGUAUGAAGGAGGUCCCCUGCGCAAGAAGACACCCCAAUCGCUUGAAGUGGUGGCCAUCGAGUCACCGCCCCCGCCCGAGCCCACACCUGCCGACUGCCAGUCUCCGAAGAUGACCACCUUCCAGGACAGCGAACUCAGUGGGGAGCUGCAGGUGGCCAUGACCGGCCCGGCUGAGGGUGCUGGGGCCUCCGAGAAGACCUGCAACCAGUUACCACCCACCCCAAGGGGCAGCCUGCGGCAGGAGCCCACUCUGGGUGGGCGGGCACGCCACAUGAGUAGCUCCCAGGAGCUGCUGGGUGAUGGGCCCCUGGAGCCAGGCAGCCCCAUGUCACGGAGCCAAGAGUACCUGUUGGAUGAGGGGCGGGCCCCGAGCACCCCACCCAAGGAGGUCCGGCCCAGCCGCCAUGGCCACAGCGUCAAGCGAGCCAGUGUGCCCCUAGUGCCCGGUAAGCCACGGCAGGUCCUCCCACAGGGCACCAGCCACUUCACGCCUCCCCAGACACCCACCAAAGCCCAGCUGGGCUCCCCCCAGGCUCUGGGGGGGCCUCAUGGUCCUACCCUGGCCACGGCCAAGGUGAAACCCACCCCACAGCUGCUGCCACCAGCGGAGCGGCCCAUGUCACCUCGCUCGCUGCCCCAGUCACCCACCCACCGUGGCUUCGCCUAUGUGCUGCCCCAGCCUAUGGAAGGAGAGGCAGCCCCUGUGGCCCCAGGGCCUGUGCCCAGGCUGUGCCUGCCCCCUGAGGCUGACGGUGAGCCGGGGCGGCCGAAGAAACGUGCCCACAGCCUGAACCGAUACGCUGCAUCUGACAGUGAGCCGGAGCGGGAUGAGCUGCUGGUACCAGUUGGUGCAGGGCCCUAUGCCACAGUCCAACGGCGAGUGGGCCGCAGCCACUCUGUGCGGGUGCCCGGUGGCACUGACAAGAAUGUCAACCGCAGCCAGUCCUUUGCUGUGCGGCCCCGCAAGAAGGGGCCCCCGCCGCCCCCACCUAAGCGCUCCAGCUCUGCCAUGGCCAGUGCCAACCCAACUGAUGAGCAAGGGCCAGAUACCGAGACAGAGGGGGCUGGGCCCGAGGACAGUGGGCUGGGGGUCUGGGCACAGCGCCAGAGGGCCAGUGACCUGGCCAGCAGUGUGGACACAGGCAGCGCAGGCAGCGUGAAGAGCAUUGCAGCCAUGCUGGAGCUGUCGUCCAUUGGGGGCGGCAGCCGGGCUGCCCGCAGGCCCCCUGAGGGCUACCCCAUACCCUGCCCUGCCAGCCCCGAGCCAGGCCGGGUGGCCACAGUGCUAGCCUCUGUGAAACACAAGGAGGCCAUUGGGCCUGAUGGGGAGGUGGUAAACCGACGCCGCACACUCAGCGGGCCCGUCACUGGACUUCUAGCCACUGCCCGCCGGGGGCCUGGAGAGCCCGUGGGGCUUGCAGAACAACACAGCCCCUUUACUGAGGAUGGCACUGCCCGACAGCGGUCCCGAGGCCCAGCCAAGGGCGAGGGCAGUGGCGAGGGCCCACCCCUGGCCAGGGUGGAGGCCAGUGCCACUCUCAAGAGGCGCAUCCGGGCCAAGCAGAGCCAGCAGGAAAACAUCAAGUUCAUCCUGACAGAGUCUGACACUGUCAAGCGCCGGCCCAAAGCCAAGGAGCGGGCAGCAGGGUUUGAGCCACCCUCAUCACUGUCCGUGUACCAGAAUGGCAUGGGCACCCUGCACCGCCGGCCAGUCUCAGAGCAGGGCAUACCCCCUGAGCUGCCACUGGUGCCCCCGCCCGCCGAGUCACUGCCCACUGACCUGGAGCACCUGCCUCCACUGCCCCUGCCUGACAGUGAUGUGCGGAAGCCGGCCAAGCCGCCUGUCUCUCCCAAGCCAGUCCUGGCUCAGCCCGUACCCAAGGUGCAGGGCUCACCCACGCCAGCAUCCAAGAAGGUGCCACUCCCAGGCCCCGGCAGCCCAGAGGUGAAGCGCACCCACGGGACGCCGCCGCCCGUGUCGCCCAAGCCGCUGCCACCGCCCACGGCGCCCAAGCCGGCCAAGGCCGCCGCAGGGCUGCCGUCGGGCACCGCUACACCGUCGCCCGCGCCCUCGCCGGCGCGUCAGUCGCCCGCCGCCCUUGCCAAGUCGGCUGGCAUGCCGCUCCCAGUCGGUGUCAGGCCCCCGUCCCCCGGCUCGUCCGCGCUGCACGUGCCCGCAAAGCCGCCGCGCGCCGCCGCCGCCACCACUGCGGGAGCCCCAGCCGCGCCCGACCGCGCCUCGCCGGGGGACAGCGCCCGGCAGAAGCUGGAGCAGACGAGCGCCUGCCUGGCUGCCGCGCUGCAAGCGGUGGAGGAAAAGAUACGGCAGGAAGACAGCCAGGGCCCGCGCCCCUCGGCCGCCGAGGACAAGAGCACUGGCAGCAUCCUGGAUGACAUUGGCAGCAUGUUCGACGACCUGGCUGACCAGCUGGACGCCAUGCUGGAGUAACCGGCCGCUGGCGCGUCGGGCCGGCCCGCGCCGCCCGGACUCUGGCACCGCACACUGAUGUUUACCUCAGGACGAGCACUGGACCGGGCGGCUGCGGGCUGAUGCGGGGGCAGGCCUCUUCGCAGCCCCUGCACAAGCACAACUCCUGCCCUCUGCCCGGGGCGCCUGGCAGGGACUCCUAGGGCUCCGCCUGACGCCGCGGCGCCCGGCGCGCCUGCUGCUCCCCGUGCAAUACCUGCUGGGCCGCCAGUCCUGCCCCGGGAGGAGAGGAGGGGGCACCACUGGAGUCCCCUCCCACUCCGUGGCAGAGCACAGGCCUAUGCCCAGCACAGAACUGCCGAUCAGGGGCCUCAGCCAGCCGGUCCAUUUCAGCACAAGGGGCAGGGGACCGAGGCUGGGGCUCGUGGGGCUCCCACCCCACUGCACCCUCCCCAGAAUAUAAGCUAUGGAGAGUAUUAAUUUAUUGGGAAUAAGCUGAAGCAGAUUUCCCCAGAGAAACAAAAAGGUAUAACUUGAACAAAUAUAUAUUUAAAGAAUAUUGGUUCUAUAGAAAACCACUUACCGACUGAAAGGACCACGGAGUCUAGCUCGAGGCAGACGCUGUUAGAGACCCAGGCCCUCUGUCCGUCCUUCCCUCCCUCCAGUCAGGAGAAGCAAGGCCCUUGGCUCUGUAGCACAAACAGGGAGCUGGGGCCAGGGAGGGGGUCGGUGCUCUGCCAGGGCCUCUCUGCUCCCCUCUCCUCACUUCUCUGCUCCCCUCUCCUCACUUCUCUGCGUCUGAAGAACUCGAAGGAUGUGCCUUGCUCGCUGAUGGGCCGCGUCCCCUUCCAGACCCAAGGAAGAUGGGGGCGGGGCUCCCACCUCCUGCUGGGCAUGGCCGAGCCCUGGGGGUGUGGCUGGGGUGUGUGUGGGUGGAUGUAAGUGGGCGCGUGACCGCGGCAAGGGCGCAGAGGCGUGCAUGCAGCUGCCUGUGGCGCAUGUGCGUGCAUGCCUGCCCCUAGGACCCCGUGCUGGCCCUGCACAAGCAGCCAGCCCAGUCCCCACUCCAGUUCCGACGGCCGCAUGGUCCGAGGCUGUGUCCUGUGGUGUUCUCACCCCCUCUCUCUUCCCCUCCAACCCCGCUACUCUCUUCCCCCUUAACAAGUACUGACUGGUCUUCUCUACUGUGUUUGCUGAUCCAUUUGUGUUGGGAACAACUUUGACAUUUCUUAAAAAAAAAAAAAAAGGAAAAACGCUGAAAGCCAGCCAGUGAUGGUGACACAGGCCAAGUGGAGGGGGGGGCUUAGGUGGCAUCAGGCACAGGGCCCCUUCCAGCUGUUUCACAUGGCACUCCCCAGGAGUCGGUGCCAUGACCACCAGCCUGGCCUUCCCUCAGGCUCCUCUCUAGCAGAAGGGGAGGGGCCCGGGCAGGGGGCUGUUGUCAGCUAUCAAUAAAACAGCAGAAAACGGACCUGCCUGGUCUACUUUUUAGGGGAGGAAGUGCUGUAGAGAGUGGAGGCCGGGCCUGGAACCCUGCCCCCAAGGUGGAUGGUAAGCCUUGUCCUGGGGUCAGGAGGAACUCCUUUGUGCCCUCCCCUAUGCGGUGUCAAAAGUGAACUCCUUGAGAUGUGAAAAAGGAACCCUUUCAUGCCCCUCCCCUCUAGUGGCUGUCCACAGACAUCCUCCAGCAGCAUCUCCUUGAGUCUUCGCACACAGCCCCCCGCCCCAAGGACCUGCUCCCACUCACAGCCACAGUC